AGGUCCUGUGUCUCAGCAGCCUGAGACCCCUGCUGUCCUCAUUUUCCCUGGCAGCCAGCUCAGCUUAACCCACUCAGGUACUCUCCCUCCAACUCUCCUGGGUGAUGCUCCUAUCGCCACUCUUGGCGCAGGUCGGUAUCAGAUCGGCAUAGCUGUUCCCGUCACCACUUACGACCCUCGCGGCGGAUCCGCAGAAAUGUCCGCUCCAGGUCCUCUCGUUGGCGGUCGCCUUCUUCAUCGGAGGUUAGCUCCUGCAGUACUAGUUCUGGCAGGUCACAUUCACGCCGGAGGCGGAGAGCCACCCACACGGCCAGAAGGUCGUCCCGCGGGGCCAGUCGGGUCUGCGCAGUCCAGGAGUCGGAUACUCCAAUCGUUCCUGCAAAGUCUCCUUCUACUUCUACUGGUGGAGAUUCCUCCCAGCAUCAAUUUCUUUUGAACUCUUUUUGUUUUCUAAUGUCCAGGUUUGGCACCCCCUUUUUUGUGCUCAUUAGACCCUGGUCCAGCCACUUUUUAUCUUUGAGGUAUGGAGAUUGACUCAUCUGCAAUGGUUUUUCGACUUCACCAGUUAAACACAAACCAAAACCCGCUGGGCGAGUUGCCGGGACCAAUUCCGGCAGGAAGAUGACCAGCAAAGGCCGGAGUGGGGAGGGAACCUCGAGGAAACGGGCCUAUAUUUAUACGGCCCAGUUGCAGUUUCUGCGGCCAGUAAUGGAAUUAAGGCCUACUGUGGACAGUCUGGAUCUGUCCCAAGAAUCAGAAACGUCGGGCAGUGAAACCCCUGCGGUAUUCUCACCCCAAGCAAGUCCUGCUCCAACGCCGGCUGAGGACCCGGAGGACUCCACACUGGCCGAGGCCCCCCUACCACUGGCAAGUCCACCCCGGAUUGUCCAGCCCCAGCCCAGACUUCGCCGCCAAGUCCCUCCCUCUACCUCUGGGCAAGAGAGUCGGGAAGUUAUUGACGCCCGCGUCAUCGAUUUUCUUGCCCAGAGGAGGAGUGAUGGAGUUAAGGCGAAAAUGUUACGGGGCUUAGGGCCGCUAAUGAAGCAUGUGACUCCUUUGGAGCAUCAUGAGUGCCUUGCUUCAUUAGCGGUCGUUAUAAAAAUGUUUGCUCUACCCAACCAUGGUGACAUUCUGGGGAAGCUAAAUGGCAUGAAAGUAGACAUUGAGAAUGCCGAACAGCAGCAAAGGCCCGGACCCUUUGAAUUUGCACCCCAAACAUCCCAAGGGCCUUCUUACCAACAACAACCCCAGUAUGGACUACCCCAGGGCCCAAUGCAACAAGUGGGUCAGCCCCUUUACCCGGGCAGUUUCAGAUCUGUGGCACCUCAACAGGCCAAUGUAAUGCCACGGUCUUCGUUUACACCGGCUUCAUUCACUCAGGACCUGAAUUUGUAAACAUGUUUUAACUUUUUGUUAGGAGCACUUUAUAUGUUUUUUCCUUAAUGUUGGAACCAUUGGCUUCC